GUUACUCUGUGAUUAUGACAUUAGAAUAUCAGGUACUUGAUAAAUAUAAGAUUUGUGGUGGCAAUCCUUAAAAUCUGUUUAUGAUUAAAAAGUAGAAGUCACUUAAACUUUAAUUUCAGGAUGAAAACUCAAAAACAAAGAGUGACUCUGAUUCACCACCUAUAAUCAAUGAAGAUGUUGAAAUAAGACAUACCGAUGAUGAGUUUAUGAAUGAAGAUAACCAGUCUCAGAAAUCCAUGGAUGCACACUUAGAUACAUCAAUGAACAAACCUCUAUCACCAACUAGCAGUAUCACUUCGCAACGCAAGUUGGAAUGGGAUUCCCUAGCUGAUGUAGGAUAUGCUAACGAUGAUAAAAAAGGAUCUGCAUCAAGCUUAAGUACGUUAGAAAGACUUGCUUUGAAACAACAAUACUCUAAUAAUGAUACCAAAGAAGAUACUGAACUUGGACCUCCAACUGCUCAUUCAACACCAGUGGACAUUGAUAUCAAACCUAAAAAUAAAAAAGGAGCUACAAGAAAAACUACUAAAAUGUUUCAAAAAGACAUUGAAAUUGUUGAAGUUAAUGUGCCUCAAAGUUCAGAGACAAGAACUUCACAAUCUAUUAAUGUUAACUUAACUAAACACAUAUCUUUUAAUAUGGACAAAAGUGGUAAACUUUCUGUUGAUAAUGUUAAAAAUGAUAUCAAUAUUACACCAAAUGAAGAAAAAAUGGAGCAAGAAGUAAUCCCCAAUAUGAAAACUGAUAAAGAAAUACAAACGUCACUAAUAAAAACUAAAGAAAAGUUUGGUAGUUCUGCUCAGUUGAAAUCAGAACAGUAUGGCCAUCAGAAAAAUACAGUGCUAAUAAAUUUGAACACUCUUAAAAAAAGGUAUAGAAGAAAAAGAGGGAAUGUAGCAAGAAGAAAACUCAAAAUAAAUAAAAUGAAGUUUGAUAUUAAUAAAGAAAAUAUUCCAAUUCAAGAAAAAAACACUGAACAAGUAUCCGCCGCUGAAAGUUUUGAAUACAUGCCUGGACACAUAUAUAAUCAAAAUCAAAAUAACUUUGGUUCUACUAGACCGCCAAAUAAUAAUAAUGAUAAUAAAUCAAGUUUGGAAUCUAGUAGGGCUGUAACUACAGAUUCAAGCAAGAGUUCGAAGCAUUCUUUCUCUAAAGACUUAGAAAAAAGCAUAGACCUUCUUAAAGUUGCUUUACAAAAACAUUAUAAUGACUCUGAGUUGAAAAAUAAACUUGUUAAAGAAGUAGUACAAAGAUUAUUAAAGUCAAGAUAUCGUGAUGACGAUAGUACAACAGAUUUUUUGUCUGGUCUAAGCUUUAGUAGUAAGAAGUUAGGUUUGGGUUCACUCAAACCUUCAGGUCACUUAACAACUAGCACUUCAGAUAGCAAUAAUACUGAAUUAAAACCAAAGCUUCCUGGACCAAAGAAAUCCAUAUUAAGGCUAGAUAAAUUUAAUUCCAAUAUCCUAGCAUCUACAUCACAAAGUGCCCCUAAUUUACCUAUAGCAUCUAGUAGUGAAAAACUUUUAAUUCCAAACUCUCUGAAGCAAAUAACAUCCAAUACAGAAUCAGAUGUUUCUAGUGGAGGCAAAGACUCUUCUGAUACUGUAUUUCUAAAAACGUCAUCGGAAGAGUUGUAUCAGAAGUAUCUAGAAGCACUGAGAAGAGAGGAAGCAUAUAGAAAACAUUUAAGAGAUAAAGAACUGUUUCUAAAACAAAAGCUUGUAAGCUCUGACACAGUAUUUAAAAUAUCGCAACCUGAUGAAAAAGUUAAUAAUAGACUAAAAGACCUGAUAAAAGAUUUAACUAGAAAUAACUAUGACGAUGGGUCUGGUGACGCUAGUAAAUUAGAGGGGGGUAGCAAUUCAAAUUUAGAUAUCCAAAGAGGAGAUGGUUUUCGGAAACAUAGGAGUCAUUCCGUUUUUACCUUGUCGUCGGGUAAUUCUGAUGAUAACCGUAAAGCAAACUUGAAAAAAAGAUUGCAGAAUGAAAUGAAACAUGCAAAACCGAGUCAUACUAUGGAGGAUCAGCAUUGUUGUCCACAUCAUUUUACUGCAUCUAAAGUUGGCGUUGUUGAUAGUUCGGUACAAGUUAAUAUAAGGUGUAAUGAACACUCUAUGGACAAAGACAUGUGUCAAGGGCAUGUGGUACUGCCUUGCAAUAUUCAUCAACAUAAUAGAGAACCCUUUAAAAACGUGGCACAUGUUAUACCUGAUGAUGCUUCUGGGGAAAUAAAAUAUGUAUGUCUGUGCAGUCAGAAACCUGCUGUCACACAAGAAGUUCCAGAAAAUAUGCUGAUAUAUAAGUGUUCACGUUUGACAAAUAGAGCUGUUCAAUUAGAAGAUUACACUUCCAAAACAUCUAAUACAGUAGGUAUUCAAUGUAUGGGUAAUCAUCAGUCAACUCCUAGGUAUGAUAAUAAAUAUGAACCAUCAACUUCUAAAUUCUCAGAUGAUAUGAUGUCACCAAAAAUUCAGAGCACUAGAUCUAGUGAUAGAAGUGAUUUGGAAAGAAUGUCAAAAUCAUCUCAAACUAACAUAAAAUUGCCAAAAGAAAAAUCAAAUGAAUCUAGUACAUCAUCUUUAGUUGAACAGAAAAAAUGUGAUGUUUUGGCGAAAAUUAAAAAUAAUAAACUGCAAAAUAUAGAUAGCGAAGCAACUAGAUGUGUUCAAACUGAAAUAAGUAUUAACCCAAGAAUAUCUGAUCUUUCUCUUACCGAUGUUAACAUUCUUACUGAUAUAGAAUGUGAAAAAUUAAUAAGUGAUCAAAUUGUAAAAUGUAGUUCAGAAAGUGAUGUCACAUAUUCUAAUUUUAACAAAAAGAAUCUUGAUCAUGGUGUUAAAUCAUGUACAAAAAGUACACAGGAAAAUAAUUGGCAUAAUGCUGGCACAACUAGCAAAUUGAACAAAGAAAUUCAAUCCAAUUUAGAACUUAAUAACAAUAAAGUAGUUCCAGAUUCAAUACCUGAAGUAGAUCAUCUAACUUCUGAUAAUUUUAAAAUACCUAUACAAGGAACCAAUAUGACUUUAAUGGUACGAAUAGAUUCAAAAACCGAUGAAAUUAAAACUCACGGUGUGGGUACUGAUAACGUUGAGAUAAGUGAAAAAACAACAUGUUUAUCUGAAGAAUGUACUAAAGGCGUUCAGUCACAUGCUAUAGAUAUUUUUACAAUGAUUGGCAAAGAAUCCUUUACUAUUGAUAAACAAACGCCAACAGAGAGGAAUUUGCCUAGGAAUGAUGGAUAUAAAGAAGCAUUUUAUCAGCAAUGUACCAUUAAACCUUGUAUCAAAAGUGAUAUUAAAAGUCACACUUAUCCAAAAAUUACUCAAAUUAAUCCAAAACCAUUUCUUCGUUCUAACACAGAUACAGAAAGAAUGGUAUCAACAAAUGUCCAAACAGAUAAGAUAGACAAAAAUAACUUUAUAACACAAGAAGAUAUUAUAAAGGUGUCCUUGGCUACAAAGGCUAUUGAUUCAGAUAAAAUCAAGAACAGCAAAGUAUGCUCUAUAAAAUCUGAUUCUCAAAGCUCUAACGAAUUAAAAGAUAGUUCAUCAGAGGCGCAAGGUCGAAAAUCAAGUAGCGAUGAUCCAAUAAUGGACAUUAUAAAAGAUAUAACGAAACGUUAUACAAAACGGGAUGUUGACAGAAUUAAGAGAAAGAAAUGUUAUAAAGAAAUAAUGAAUGUCUUGAAUUAUCUUUUAAAUACUGAAGAUGGUACUGAUUUCGAACAACUUAAAUUAUCGGAUAGUUCAAGUACACGGAAUACUGAUGACGAAUAUAGUAAAAACGAAAGAAAUACAUUAUCAGCCAAAGUAAACCCAGUUUCUGAGGAAUCAGUUAAGAUUGAAAAAGAACCUCUCACUGUCAUAAAAAAAGACAAAAAACAAUGUGAAUGCAGUAAGAGACUACAAGAACAGAGUGCUUCUAAAUCAUCUGAAAAGGAAACACCUUUAGUCGAUCCACCCUGUACUGAAGACAAAGCUGUACAGUCAUCGCCAAGGACUUCUAAUCGUCAUAACAAUUAUUCCGAGUCCUCGGAAAUUCAAGCCACUACCGAGUUUCCUAGUACGUCGUCUGAAUCGGCCACAUGUAAAGUUUUGAGUAAAAUCAAAAGGGAAUGUGAAAAAUACCAUCAAAAGCGGUGUAAAUGUCACGGGGCUAAAAAAUGCGAAGCUUCUAGUAGCACUUCGGUUACAUGCGAACAGUGCAAACGAAAUCACCAUUGUCCAUACAAAAGCCAUAAAUGUCAUAGAAUGAAAACGUCAGCUGACAAAAUCAGAAAGAAAUGUGUGGCAUACAACCUCAUAAUACAGACAUCUGACAGCAUGGUUAGUGAAGAGACUAUAGUGAAUAACGAAACAAAGCCACUGAGGAAUAUUGUCGUGAAAGUGCCACCAAAAAGAAAACAAUAUGAAAACGCACCAUUUAAGGAAGUAUACACUAAAAUAGAAAAAACCUUACCUCAAUGUAGUCCUAGAUGUGAUCCGAAAGUUUUGAGAUCGAGUAGUUUGCCCAAUGAGAGUGAGAUGUCUAGUUUUGAUGAUUGCAUGAAAAAAAACAAGGUUUACACAGUAAAAGAAUAUCUCGAAAUAAACCGCCCUGACUUUGUGCAGAAGAGUUCUCACCGGCAGGAAUCUUUGAAGCACAUUAGUGAGAUGAGAGCAAACCAACGAGCCGCACAACUGCAACUGCUGUCAGCACAGCUGGACAGGCGGCCAUCUUUGACGUCAUUGAGUGAAACUGAACUGCGGCGACUGGCUGAGGAUCUCGGCAUGGAAAUUCGUAAGAAGAAAAUUGCUCCAAAAUUUAUAAAUGAACGUGAAAUGAAAAAGCAUUCUGAGAAAAUAUAUAAAUCUUUACCUGAAGUUGUUCAAAAGAAGGAGGAAGCCAAGAAGGAAAAUAUUAAGAAAACUAACCUUCUAAUGGCUAAUAUAUUUAAAAAGAAUCUCCAAAAGAAAACGUUACGUGGAUCCGUGAAUUUAUCUAAUUACAGUACGAUUAUAAAAAUUUGACGAAAGUCCAAAAUUUUUAUUGAUGUUCAACGAAACAUACAAAAUGUAUGAAAAACAAACGUGUUCAAAUGUAAUUCAGACUUAUAUUUUUACAAUUCUUGUUGAUAUUGUUGUAUUGACUAUUUUUUAUUGAUUAAUAAAAUGUAUAAAAUACUUUUUGUCACUUUUUGCUAUAAAACUAGCUCACAGUAACACAUUGUAAUCUUUAUUUUCUUGGUUAUACGGUUAGAUUUUCCUUUUAUUUAUUAUUACUUUCUUGCCCACAUUUUAGAAUGCUUGGAAAUAUUAAAUAAAUAUAAUGAGUAUAAUGAGUAAAUAAGAUGAGUAGCUAAAGCCCCCGUAUUAUGGAGUAUAUGAGACAACGAAGGUACCACAACACCCAGACCCGAGUCAAUAUAGAAAAGUUUAUUUUCUACAUUGACCCGACCGGGAAUUGAACUCGAGACCUCAGAGAUGGCGACACCUUGAAACCGGCGUGCGAACCACUCGGCUACGGCAGUCUUAUCGGCAGUUG